UGCCACUAAUGAUAUGUAUGCUGAUGCAGUGUUAUCUGUUAUAUUACAAGUAUCAUCUCAACCAAAGAGAUUAGGAGAAUUAUCUGUUAAGCAAGAAAUCACAAAAGAUAUCAGUUUUGCUAAAAGAUUAAUGAAACUGAUGAGUGACAUGUUUAGAGAGUCCAAUGUUAUCUGCUCUAGCAACUCAGAGAAGAUUGAAGUUAUAACAGAAGAUAUGAAAGCAUCCAUUGAUCCUAAUACACUGGUAGUGGAGUCUAAUGAUGAAUCAUUCCAUCAUUUGGUCCAGUCAGCUGCUAAAAGACUACACACUGCUUUAAAAUUAUAACACACACUAUCUCAUUUAUUAUAAUAAUGUGCAUAAUUUACACAGA